AUGAUUCUUGCACAUGAGUACCCAUUUUCUAUGAUGGAGCAUGUAGUUUUCAACAAAUUCAUGAAAGCAGUUUCUCCGUUUUAUAAAAAGAUUAAUCGGCAGACUGUUAAGGAAGAUUGUAUGAGUACUUAUACAAUUGAAAAAAGGAAGCUGAAAUCAUUGUUGAAAGGUCCUGGUAGGAUUAGUAUUACAACUGAUUUGUGGAAAUCUGGUCAAAAAAUUCAAUAUAUGGUUGUGACUGGUCAUUUUAUUGAUUCUGAUUGGGUGCUUCAAAAACGUGUGUUGAAUUUUUGCAAUGUUCCUCCUCCUCAUACUGGAGUUAUUAUAGCUGAUGCUCUAAGUAAGUGCUUCAUUGAUUGGGGGAUUGAGAAUAAGGUUUCUAGCAUAACUGUUGAUAAUGCUUCAUACAAUGAUGUGUGCAUUAGGAGACUUAGAGAGGAUUUUUCUCUAAGAAAGAGAUUAAGUAUUGGAGGAAAAAUUUUUCAUGUUAGAUGUUGUGCACAUAUACUUAAUCUCUUAGUGCAAGAUGGUCUUGGUCAACUUGGUGGUGUGAUUGAUGUUGUUAGAGAAGGGAUAAAAUACUUGAACAAUUCAGAAUCUAGGCUUCUUGAAUUUGCCAAAAUUAAAAAACAGCUUCAGUUGCCCUCUAGAAAACUAAUUUUGGACUGUCCAACAAGGUGGAAUAGCACCUAUUUGAUGUUAGCUUCAGGUUUAGAGUUCAAGGAUGUCUUUCCAAGAUAUGCAGACAUAGACCCUGGAUUUCACUAUGUUCCUACUGAUUUUGAGUGGAUGAAAGUGGAAGAAGUGUGCAAAUUUCUAGGAAUAUUUCAUGAAAUCACUGAUAUGAUUUCCGGGACUGAGUAUCCAACAUCUAACAUUUUUCUUGUGGAGCUCUAUAGGAUUAAAGAGCUUUUAAAUGAAAAAGCUCUUGAUCCUUUUGAGCAUAUUCGGGCAAUGGCUGGAAGUAUGUCUGCUAAAUUUGAUAAGUAUUGGGGGGAAAGUAAUGUGCUGCUAUCUUUGGGUGCAAUUUUGGAUCCGAGAUACAAAAUGUUCCUUAUUAAUCAUGCUUUUCCGGUGAUUUAUGGUGAGGAUGCAGCUCCUAGAUUCAUGGCUGAGAUUAGAGACAUUCUUUAUGAGCUUUACAAUGAAUAUGUUGAUUGUCAUGUUGUUUCCCAUUCUGAACAACAGAGGCAGGUUGUAAAAAGGAGACAAAAUGAAGGUUCUACUUCUUCUAGUAAGAAACAGAAAAUGACUGCACCCGCCGUUUUAACUGGCAAAGAAAAGUUUCACAUGCAUGUGAGUGAAAUUGAUAGGGCUUCACCAGAAAAAUCAGAUUUAGAUGUUUAUUUAGAGGAAAGUAGGUAUGCUUGUGAUGCAAGGGCAAAUCUGGAUGUUUUGGGCUUUUUCUGA